AUGCUUCUCUUGGACUAUCAGAACGCUUUGAUCCAAUCGCUCCUCACGGAGCGGUUCUCUGGUGCUGCCCCGGUUUCGAUUGACCAAGUGGUCUCCGACUUUGAUGGCGUGACCUUCCACCUUUCGACCCCCGAAUCCAAGACCAAGAUCCUUAUCUCCAUCAAUGUGAAGUGUUUCAAGGAGCUCGUUCAGUACGGCGCCCAGGAGGUGCUGGAGCGCGAGUAUGGACCGUACAUUGUCUCGCCGGAGCCGGGCUAUGAUUUCUCAGUACAGAUCGACCUCGAGAAUCUUCCCGCAGAACAAGAAGCCAAGGACGAGCUGAUCAUGAAGCUUGCGCUACUGAAGCGGAACGCCAUGGCAGCUCCAUUCGAGCGGGCUUUCGAUGAGUUCGCUAAGCUUGCGGAGGAGGCUUCGCGGUACACAUCCGAGUCAGCGCCGCAAGGUGUGAAGGAGGGUGGAGAUGUGAUGGCUAUUCAUUACCGCGAGGAGGAAGCUAUCUACAUCAAGGCUAGCUACGACCGUGUUACCGUGAUCUUCAGCACUGUGUUCCGGGAGGAGACGGAUCGCAUCUUCGGCAAGGUCUUCUUGCAGGAAUUCGUGGACGCCCGACGCCGUGUUGUGACCCUACAGAAUGCGCCCCAAGUGCUCUUCCGCAAUGACCCUCCUCUCGAGCUCGAGGGUGUUCCUGGACUUAAGAACGCGGGCGAGGGCGAGAUCAGCUACGUCACCUUUGUGCUGUUCCCCCGACACUUGACACCCCAGCGCCGCUACGAAAACAUCUCCCACAUCCAGACCUUCCGUGACUACUUCCACUACCACAUCAAGGCCUCUAAGGCAUACAUCCACACACGAAUGAGGAAGCGCACGGCGGACUUCCUUCAAGUCCUCAACCGUGCCAGGCCCGAGAACGAAGAGCGCGAGCGUAAGACGGCGAGCGGCCGGACAUUCCGUGUGCAGAGCUAG